GCAGUACGGCCGAUGGAGCCGCAGUAGCGUCUCAUAGGGACGGCCUCCUUCUUGUCAAUGACAUUCUGGAGGAAGGUCUGGGCGCGCUGGAGCUUCCAGCCGUUGAUGGCCUGGGCAGUCUCGCGGGUGUUCUUGAAAGAAACACGGAGGUAAGAGCCGCGGGAGCGGGCGGACUUCACCGGGGAAAUCUCAGUCGCAGCGUACCGAACCUAAUGUCGUGAUAAAUCCAUGGUCAGCAUGGUUCCUGGCGAUAGCUUCAACAUUUCCCUCCCCCUCGUCGGUUUCCGCAAUAGCUCCAUCCUCCAUCCCGGACGGAAUUCCGCAAAGGUCCAGCAGCUAAAUUUCGACGGGGGCUUCGAACGGCGCUCGAAAAUGACUUCGGGAAUUGAUUUCGUAAGGGCUACUCACCAUCUUGACUGCUUGUCGAUUAGAGGCGAGAUCGGCCGAAUUUGGUGAUGUUCAAGGAAUGACGGUUACCAAAUUUUGGAGCCAAAUUCAAUUUCGCGAUUAGGGCUCGGUGGGUGGUGUUCGAUUGGCUUGUGCGGGAGCGGUGUUGGCCUGAGGCAGAAGGAAAUCUUGGCGGCUGGCAAGUGCAGAAAACUUUCCCACUUGCAGCCCCACCAAGCCGAUAAGAUGAUAACAAUACCGCACGGACCUCUACCAGAUUCACAGCAAGAUGCCCAGCCACUCAGAAUGUCGGAAGAAUCCACCACCGAGGCGACAAAAAGUUGAUCGGUGCUCCACUCAUUUUUUCUGGGGUGUUAGGAAAUUUUGCAUCCAGCUCCAACAAGCUCUUUGAGCAUCUCGACAGAGCCGCGCAAAUCAACCCAUUGUGUCCUCAACAACUCUUUGCGCAACACAUCUGAUUCGGCGUCGACAGACAUACCCACGACGAUCUUAUAUCCGAUUACAGACAUAACCAACCGUCAUAAUGGGCUUUGAGCGCGGUGGAAGAGGCGGUGGUCGCGGGGGAGGCAACUUCCGUGGUGGUGACCGUGGUGGACGCGGUGGUGGCCGCGGUGGUGCCGGUUUCGGCGGUCGUGGUGGUGCCCGUGGUGGUGCCCGCGGUGGUCCUCGCGGCGGUGGCCGUGGCGGUCCUGCCCGUGGUGGUCGUGGUGGCCGCGGUGGUGGUCGCGGUGGUGGUGCCGGUGGUGCUGCUGGCGGCAAGAAGGUCAUCGUCGAGCCCCAUCGUCACAAGGGCGUCUUCGUUGCCCGCGGUGGAAAGGAGGAUUUGCUCGCCACUGCCAACCUUGUACCUGGCGAGUCUGUCUACGGCGAGAAGAGAAUCUCUGUUGAGACUGGCAAGAACGACGAGGGCAAUGCCACCAAGACCGAGUACCGCAUCUGGAAUCCUUUCCGUUCCAAGUUGGCUGCCGGUAUCCUCGGUGGUCUCGAGACCAUCUACAUGAAGCCCGGUUCCAAGGUCCUCUACCUCGGUGCUGCGUCCGGUACCUCCGUUUCCCACGUUGCCGAUAUCGUCGGCCCUACCGGUUCCGUCUACGCAGUUGAGUUCUCUCACCGCUCUGGCAGAGAUCUUAUCAACAUGGCUACCCGCCGCACAAACGUCAUUCCCAUCGUUGAGGACGCCCGGAAGCCCAUGGCCUACCGCAUGCUUUUGCCGAUGGUCGAUGUCAUCUUCGCCGAUGUUGCCCAGCCCGAUCAGGCCAGAAUUGUCGGUAUCAACGCCAAGUUGUUCCUGAAGCAGGGUGGUGGUCUUCUCAUCUCCAUCAAGGCGUCCUGCAUUGACAGCACAGCGCCCCCUGAGCAAGUGUUUGCCAGCGAAGUCCAGAAGCUCCGUGAGGACAAGUUUGUUCCCAAGGAGCAACUUACUCUUGAACCCUAUGAGCGUGAUCACGCCAUGGUAUCGUGCGUCUACCUCCAAAAGGAGUACCAGGAAUAAGCGUAAAAAGUUGGAUCGUGGGAUCAUUUACUGCUCUGUUCAGGGCGUUCUGACAUUGCUCGGUGUUCACCUGGAUGGUUGGCUUUCGUGUGUCUGGGGCGGCGCAUGGCGUUUAUAGGGUAUUUUGGUUUUUUGACAGCAUGUUUGCGUAAAAUAAACGACGGAGUGGGGGGAAAGCGACAUCAAGCGUCAGUCCACACUCGCUGGUAAUACCCAAUGUCUCACAUAUCGACACGGUCACUCUAUCCAGUUCUGGCGAUGUGUUUGGGGAUAGGCUACAAGCGUCAGUAACUGCGAGGUGCAGAUAUGCAUCUGUUUUGUGUUGGCCGCGGGAAGAGGCUGUGGAUGAGGGGUAUGCGAGAUGUACAGUCGGGGGUCUGAUCUGAUGACAUCGCAGAGCAUGAAGGAGAUAGAGAGAUACCUGAUGUGAUUUUACAGCAUAGAUUGAUGG